AUGGCACAACGCCCAGUCCUGAUGAUGAUGCACGGCGGUGGCCACGGUCACCCAAAAUACUUUGAGGCCUUACAGAACAAAUUACAAGCCAAAGGAUUCAAUACUAUCGCUGGUGCUAAUCCAUCGAACGGUGCCGUUAAUUUCACGCCGGGCCAGUCUUUUUACGAUGAUGCUGCGUAUUGGAGAGAGAAGAUGCUGUCAUCCAUUGACAAAGGGCAAGAUGUGGUGGUAUUUAUGCACUCAGUUGCAACUCUUCUAGGAAUUGAAGCUGCAAAAGGACUUACAAAAGCAGACCGAGCAAAGGCUGGCAAAAAGGGAGGCGUCGCUCACCUUGUAUUCCUGGCUGGCUACUUGCCCAACGAGGGCGACAAGGCCUUUUCUUUUUAUGAUGGGUCGCGGGCAACUUGCCCUACAAUGGCAGCGUUCUCAAAGUUGAAUGGAGUUGAUGUCGGUGACCUCCGACCUUAUCACGACCACUUUUAUUCAGACAUGAGCAAGGAUGAGCGCGACUAUUGGAAACAGUAUAUGAGCUACCAAGCUGUCGAAUUCUUUACGAUGCCAGUCACUCAUGCUACUUGGAAAGAUGUGCCAUGUAGCUGGAUAUACACCGAGCUAGAUGAAGUCAUUCCUGUGGACAUUCAAAAGAAAUUUAUUCUAGAGGCCCAGGAGGAUGCUGGCAUUAACAUUCGGACGUUCAGUCUGCAGUCUGGCCACUCACCAUUUUUGAACAUGCCUGAUAAGGUGGUCGAGAUUAUACAGACGGUAUACAGCGAAAACGAGCUGUAA